AUGAGACAGAAAGAAAAGGCUCCUGAACCUUCGCCACAACGAUAUAAGUGCAAUUUCUGCAAUUCUAGCUUUCACCAUUUCGAUCUGCUCGAACAGCAUGUCAUACGCCAUAACCUUUGGUCGGACGACGGGCCUGUUGUUGUAUACAAGUGCGAUUUUUGCCCUAAGACGUUUUACUCCUAUGAUGAGCUUGAUGAACAUAUGAGAACCACCUAUCGUUUCAAUUCACCUAAUCCAUGGGAUACUGAUGGGCAGACUGAUGAGGAGGAAGACUACGAGGAGGACUACGAGGAUAGCGAGGAGGAGAGUGAGGAGGAGAGCGAUGGAGAGGACUACGAUGAGAGCAAUGAGGAUGAAGCUGAGGAUAGCGACGAGGAGAAUAAUGAGGGGAGUUACAAGGAGAAAGACGAAGAGAGCAAUGAGAGCAACGAAGAGAGCGACGAAGAAUCCGUCCCGGAUCUCGUUGAAAAUACAGGCAAGAGAUCCGGCGAGAAGCUCGCUGCAGAACUUCCUCCACCGCCAUUCAAGUGCCAGGAUUGUGACGAGGCGUUUUACUACACUGCUGCGCUUGGAGAGCAUCAGGAAAUGUUCGCUCAUGGCCCUGUGGCAAUAAGAGAAAACGAACGGGAGCCGGCUGCAGGACCUUCUGCACCUGAAUUCAAGUGUAGGGACUGCGAGGAGGCCUUUCAUCAUUUCACUAUGCUUCUUGAACAUCAAGAAAAGGUCGGGCAUGGCCCUUUCUUGAAAUUAGUCGAGAAGCCAGUCGAGAAGCCGGCUGCAGCACCUGAAUUCAAAUGCAGGGACUGCGAUGAGGCCUUUCAUCAUUUCACUGUGCUUCUUGAACAUCAAGAAAAGGCCGGUCAUGGCAGUUGGGCAGCGGGGAAGAACAAAGCGGUGGAGAAGCCAGUCGAGAAGCCAACGAUAGAGGACAAGGCAGGAGAUGUUAGCGUCUCAGUAUACAAAUGCACUGACUGUGGCAGGCUAUAUCGCGAUGUCAACUCGAUCCAGGCCCAUUUGGCUUGGAACCAUGGGCGUCGCUCCACAGACCCCAACAGAUAUCUCACAAAAGUGAGCCCCGAAGAGGCCGAUGCUCCCGCCAAGAAGGUUACUUCAGGGUUCAGAUGCAAGCCAUGCAACCAACCUUUCCGUAACCAGUAUCUACUCCCAAAACACUGGAGGAAAACGCACGAGGACGCCUGGUGGGCAUUGUUCGAUCAGGACAACAUCUCGGAUGAAUCGCUAUCAUACUCGGACUUCCAGAACUUUGAUAAUUACGACGAAGACGACAUGUUGGAUGACCUCAGGCAGAUAAACUCGUGGUCUUCCAAGAAGAAGAAUAUGAUCCCCUGCAUGACAUGCUGGAAAAAGUUCAAAACCACUUCCCAGAUGGUGGAGCACGUGGAGACGCGCGAAUGCCACUCUUACAUGGCUGCUCAUUCUAUCAAAUGGGCUGUUCUCAGGAGUGAUCAGAGCGUGGUAUCGGGAUGCUACUCUGAUCGCAAUCGCAAAUUCCAGUGCCCCGACUGCGAAGCCCGUUUUGAUUCUUUGAGUAGCUUGCUUCGUCAUGCGGAGGGAAACAAGUGCCGUGCUGAUGUUGCUCAGGGCUCGAUCAAGGCUUUUAUGACUGAGGUGAAGUGGCGUAUGAUAGAGGGUGAACUCUAUUAA